UUCGCCGCCGCUCCUCUUCUUCUUCUUAUAGUUCUGAUUUCAGACGUCUCCUUAUCUCUCAUACUCUGGUUCUACCCCUAAUGUCUUCGAUGGCUGCCGCUGCUGCACCCACCACCUUCCCUAAACCCUCUCCUUUAUCUUCCAAAUCCCUAAUUUCAAGAUUUUCCAUUCCCUUCUCUCACCACGUUCUCCACAACCGCUCCACACCCCGCCAGUCCCCGAUCUCCCUUCAUGUCUCCAACUCCCUCCCCAACCCCACCGUUGCAUUCACCACUGACAUCCAGGAAACAACGUCCACCACCCCACAAUCUUUCGUCUCCCGAUUUGCUCCCGACGCGCCGCGUAAAGGCGCUGAUGUCCUCGUCGAGGCCCUCGAGCGCCUUGGUGUGAACACCGUCUUCGCCUAUCCUGGCGGCGCCUCCAUGGAAAUUCACCAGGCUCUGACGCGCUCCUCUAUCAUCCGCAACGUCCUUCCCCGCCACGAGCAAGGCGGAGUUUUUGCAGCGGAGGGCUACGCUCGCUCCUCUGGCCUCCCUGGGGUGUGCAUUGCCACCUCCGGCCCAGGCGCCACCAACCUUGUCAGCGGCCUCGCUGAUGCCUUGCUCGAUAGCGUCCCACUUGUUGCCAUCACCGGCCAGGUUCCUCGCCGAAUGAUCGGUACGGACGCGUUCCAAGAAACCCCGAUUGUGGAGGUAACUCGCUCUAUCACCAAGCAUAAUUAUCUUGUUCUCGAUGUUGAAGACAUUCCUAGGAUUGUUAGCGAAGCCUAUUACUUGGCCACGUCGGGUCGCCCAGGUCCGGUUCUGAUUGAUAUACCGAAAGACAUUCAGCAGCAGUUGGUGGUUCCGAAUUGGAAUCAACCCAUUGGGUUGGCUGGUUACACUUCCAGGUUGCCAAAGGCGCCGAGCGAAGUGCAUUUGGACCAGAUUGUGAGGUUGGUGUCUGAGUCGAGGAAACCGGUGCUGUAUGUUGGUGGUGGGUGCUUGAAUUCGAGUGAGGAGUUGAGGCGCUUUGUUGAGUUGACUGGGAUCCCAGUGGCGAGUACUUUGAUGGGUCUUGGGGCAUUCCCAUUAUCAGACGAGUUAUCGCUUCAGAUGCUGGGGAUGCACGGCACUGUGUAUGCCAAUUAUGCUGUGGAUAAGUCUGACUUGUUGCUUGCCUUCGGGGUUAGGUUUGAUGACCGUGUGACGGGGAAGCUCGAGGCUUUUGCAAGCCGAGCUAAGAUUGUUCAUAUUGACAUUGAUCCAGCCGAGAUUGGGAAGAAUAAGCAGCCCCAUGUGUCCAUCUGUUCUGAUCUGAGGUUGGCAUUGGCGGGAAUGAACCGGAUAUUGGAGGGGAAACGUAAUAAGCUCAAUCUUGAUUUUUCGGCUUGGAGGGAGGAGUUGAAAGAGCAGAAAGUGAAAUAUCCAUUGAGUUUUAAGACUUUUGGGGAGGCUAUUCCUCCUCAAUAUGCGAUUCAGGUACUUGAUGAGUUAACUGAUGGGAAUGCAAUUAUAAGCACCGGUGUUGGACAGCAUCAGAUGUGGGCUGCUCAGUUUUACAACUAUAAGGAGCCGCGCCAUUGGUUGACUUCUGGGGGAUUGGGGGCAAUGGGUUUUGGACUUCCUGCUGCCAUUGGAGCAGCAGUUGCGAACCCAGAUGCUGUUGUUGUAGAUAUUGAUGGUGAUGGAAGUUUUAUCAUGAAUGUCCAAGAGUUGGCAACUAUCCGGGUGGAAAAUCUUCCGGUUAAGAUAAUGCUGCUGAAUAACCAGCAUCUGGGUAUGGUGAUGCAAUGGGAGGACAGGUUCUACAAGGCUAACAGGGCUCACACUUAUCUCGGAGACCCAUCUCGGGAGUCGGAGAUUUUUCCGAAUAUGUUGAAGUUUGCAGAAGCUUGUGAUAUACCUGCUGCCCGCGUCACAAAGAAGGGAGAUCUAAGAGCAGCAAUUCAGAAGAUGCUGGACACUCCUGGACCGUAUUUACUGGAUGUAAUUGUACCACAUCAAGAACAUGUGCUUCCUAUGAUUCCGAGUGGUGGGGCUUUCAAAGAUGUGAUCGUUGAGGGUGAUGGGAGGUCUUCUUACUGAUUUCGUGGCCAUUAUAUCUGCUUUUUAUGCUUUUGUAUGUAUGUUUUGAGUCGGCUCAUGCUUAAAGUAAGUUAGUUCUUGAGUUAGUAGCUGUGAUGUCUUUUCCUCGGACAAAUUCCAUCAGUCAACCUUUCUCCCGUUUUAAUUAUUCCCGGUUUGGAUAUAUGAAGUAUGUUUUAUGUCA